AUGGGGCAGACAGUGAAUCUUGUGAGCUCCGAUAGCUCAGAGAGCUCAGACUGCGACGGCACCUCGCCGCAUGGAGCGCCAGCAGGGCCAGCUGCAUCGGCUUCAGCGAGUUCCAGCUCCGGCAUUCGACGCCCGCUGACGCUGUAUGCGGGCAGAACAGCGGACCGAGACCAGCAGCAGGACGCCGCUGCUGUCCUGCGCAGGGAGAUGACACCAGAUGCUUUCAUGGCCCUCGCGACUCAGCUUAGACGCCCAUACACUCAGGUCAAUGAUGGAGGGCGUAGCGAGGUGCCUAUAUCGGGCUAUGGAUCUGGCCAGACCUCAGGUGCGUGGACACGGGUCACUGCUGUCAGCAGUGCGCCGAGGCCAGCGGGACAUGCAACCACCCUUGGGUAUCCUCGAGCCAUUGGUGCCACAUCGGGUUAUGACCUCCCUUCUGGCAGACUUGCAGAGGUAGUCGCAGAGGCAGAGGCUGCUGCCUUGGACACGGCCACUCCUACUUUUGCGCACCGCAGUUGGCCUGCUGGUUCUCUUCCGCCCUCGCGGCCCGCUGUGAUCCCACGUGCCAGACAGCUGCGGUCCGAGCCCACCGGCUUGCAGGAUUUUUCUGACAUCGCUGGCAUAGCUCGCAAACGGACCAGAAUGACUGAGGAGGCCCGUCGGGGUGACAUUCAGCCUCUCGACACCGAGUUCGAGAGCCGGGCCAUAGAUGCGAUCACUACGUAUGAGCCACCACCGGCUCUGGACCUGGACCCGGACGAUGCACAAGUGAUCGACGUCGAGGCGGGUGUCCCUGAGGCCCCAGGAGUCCCUGAAGUCCUUGAUGUGGAGGAACAGGCAGUGAUAGCACCCAGAACUCCACUCUUCGCGGAGGACUUCAAACAGGGGGGCGUCAUGAUCAUUAUUGCCCGGUUGUUGCGCGCGCAAUUCCGUCACAAAGGCACGCCCUGUGACCUCGUAGUGUUUUAUCAGCACACCUGGAGGAGCGUCAUGAUCAUAGGCGGUGACUUCAACACUUCAUGCACCACGGCCAAGCCGCAUGUGGGCACAGGCCUGCUGCCCCCGCCGCCCAAUUGGGCCCUGGAUCAGGAAGACUUCCAGGCACUCCUAGUAGGUCUUGGUCUAUGUGCCAUCAAUACCUUUGCUGACUCUGGCUCUCCACAUACCUUUGCCUGGGGCUCCCAGCGUUCCCACAUUGACUUUCUUCUCAUCCGAUGUGAUAUGGCAGACAGAUUUUCCCGCAUGGCCAGCCCGCUGCAUGAGUAUCCGGUGGGGGCGUGGCGAGGCGGACCCAAACAUUACCCGGUCUUUGCACGCAUCCCUUGGCACUGGUGUCCAUGGCAACGCACAGGAGCCCCGCAACGCACCUUGCAGAUCGAUAGACAUGCCAUUGCAGACGCACUGGCAGGCCAAACCGAUGAGCGCGUCAGCUCCUUCCGACAGGACGGUACUCUCCAGCAGUACGCUGCGCACAUGUGGGGACACCUCCGCCUCUUGAGGCGAUGGGCUCAGCGCCCAGGUGCAGCAUAUUGCAAGCAGGCCUUGUUCCGCUGCUGGUACCAUAGUAUGAAGUACUUGCGCAUGCAUCGGGGUGCACAGCAACAAGGCAAAACACUUCGUCGAGCCAGGAGGCAAAACCUGCUGACGGAGGCAGAGCAGGCCAUCAGUUCCGGCCAAUCUCGUCUCUUCUAUCAGCUCAUCGAUAAACUAGCACCGAAGGGACGCUUUCGGAAGUUCCAGAUGAGCAAGGGAGGCCAAAUCCUUUCAUCAACAGAGGAACUGGAAGUGAUGCGCACACAUUUCCUUCAGGUCUUUAACCAUGGCAACUCUGCCCAGCCCCUGGCUCUCCCCAGUAGUCCGGAUGCUGAACCGCCCACGCUGUGUGUUGAGACGCCAGAGGUCCAGCAUUUCUUGGAUAAACUGCCGGCCGGGAAGGCCGGCGCCCCAGGCACGGUACCCGGGGCGGCCUGGUACGACUCCCAAGGGCUGCGCUUCGUCGCACCUUUGAGGCUUCUUUCGGCCUUGCGGAACCCACAGAAACCGGUGGGGAUGCCGGCCCUGGUGGAAGCAGAUCUGCUGGAUGCGCAGGUAUCUUUGCCGGAGCCUGAGGCGCCCUCUGCGUCACACAUCACAGAAGAGGCGUCUGCCUCUAUGACGGAUGCAUCGCCCCCUGCCGCACCUGAUGUCUCACCUCAACCCGCUUCAGGUCGACCACUGGCGGAUGACUCGGGGGGCUAA